AUGAAAUCCCCAAUUUGUAUUCUCUUGGCCAUCCUGGGCAAUGUUUCGGCAUGGGAUUAUACUCAGGAUUUCGAUGACGCUGUUACUAUUGGCAUCAAUGCAUUUGACCGAUAUCAAACAAUGAUUGGUGGUGGAUGCUCAGGUGCAUUCGGGGUUGCCUGUCAACAAUUUGGAUCCGAGGGCCUUUCCUCUGUAAAUCAGCAAAAGGUGACCCAAAUCCUCUUUGACGAGAAUAUCGGUGCACUUUCCAUAUUACGGAACGGUAUUGGUUCCUCUCCGGGUACCACAAUUUUGCCGGAAUGUCCAGCCACCCCAGCUGGCCCAUUUAACUACGUCUGGGAUGGAAACGACAACUGCCAGUUUGAACUGACGAAGACGGCCCUGGAAUACAACCCAAACCUCUACAUCUAUGCAGACGCGUGGUCCGCACCUGGUUGCAUGAAGACUGUCGGAACUGAAAAUGACGGUGGCUAUGUCUGCGGUGUUCGCGGAACUAACUGCACUCACGACUGGCGUCAGGCGUACGCGGACUAUCUUGUGCAGUAUGUCAACUACUAUAAGCAUAAUGGGGCUUCCAUUUCCCUUCUCGGAGCAUGGAAUGAGCCUGACUUCAAUCCAAUUACCUAUGAAAGUAUGCUGUCGGAUGGAUUUCAGGCUAAAGAUUUCUUGGAGGUGCUGUAUCCUACGGUGAAAAAAGCUUUCCCGGAACUGGAGAUUAGUUGUUGCGAUGCAACCGGAGCGAGACAGGAAAGAAAUAUCCUCUACGAAAUACAGAAGGCAGGCGGUGAAGACUUGUUCGAUGUUGCGACGUGGCAUAAUUACCAGAGCAACCCCGAGAGGCCGUUCAAUGUGAUAAACAAAGCAAAUAUCAUGACUGAAUGGGCUGAUGGCUCGGGACCAUGGAACACCACCUGGGAUAUGACAGGCCAGCUCGCUGAAGGCCUUCAAUGGGGACUGUAUAUGCACAAUGCCUUCGCCAACAGCGACACCUCUGGCUACACUCACUGGUGGUGCGCGCAACAGACUGACGGGGACAACGCACUCAUUCGACUCAACGGAGACAGUUACGAAAUUUCCUCGCGGCUUUGGGCCUUUGCAUCAUAUUUUAGGUUUUCUCGACCUGGGUCUGUACGCAUUGCUGCAACGAGCAACGUGGAAAAUGUAUACGUGAGUGCCUACGAAAACAAAAACGGCACUGUGGCGAUCCCUAUAAUCAAUGCUGCACAUUAUACAUAUGACGCGAUUAUCAACUUAGCUGGGGUUAAGGCGAGUAAGAUCAGUGCAUAUUUGACGGACAAUAGCCAUAAUGUUAGUUUGGUCGACCAGUUUGAGCUUCGGGGGAACACUCUCAAGGUAAAUCUUGAGCCAAGGGCGAUGAAGACUCUCUGGUUGGAGUGA